AUGCCACUGCAUCGGAGACUGUCAGCAGUAGUCGGUGGAAGCAAAGAGAUGUCAUAUGAAAUGAGCGACUUCAAAAAAACUCCAUCCGAAGAUGUGAAGUUUACUCCAGUCGAGUCAAACACCUACUCUGAGGACGAACGGUCAGCCUCAGUUGAGGAGACCAGGCUGGGUUUUUUCAGUAGGCUAGCUGGUCACUUGAACGCGGAGACUAAAGGGGUAGAGCCUGUUUUAGACCAUGAAAAAAACGACGAUUCUAUAGUGGAUGCGGCCUCUAUGUGGUUCUCUGCAAACAUGGUCAUUGCUGCAUAUGCAUUGGGUGGGUUAGGUCCUGCGGUCUUCCGUUUGAACUUUGGUCAAUCAGUUCUAGUUAUUAUAUUUUUCAACAUACUCGGGUUAUUGGCAAUUGCAUUCUUUUCUGUUUUUGGUGCUGAAUUUGGGCUACGUCAAAUGAUUCUCUCCAGAUUCCUGCUCGGUAAUGUCACUGCAAGAAUAUUUUCGUUGAUUAACGUGAUCGCCUGUGUUGGUUGGGGGGUCGUCAAUACGACCGUAUCGGCACAGUUGCUAAACAUGGUCAAUCCACCUCACAACUGUCCGUUGUGGGCCGGCUGUGUGAUCAUCGUCGGUGGUACCGUGCUAAUAACCUUUUUUGGCUAUAGAGUUAUUCAUGCAUACGAGAGAUGGUCGUGGGUACCCAAUUUCGUAGUGUUCCUCGUCAUCAUAGCUCGUCUGAAAAUAUCAGGGAAUUUCAAAAAUGGUCCUUGGACAUCUGGCCCAACGACCGCCGGUAGCGUGUUAUCGUUUGGGUCUACAGUGUUUGGUUUUGCAGCUGGGUAUACGACAUACGCAGCUGACUACACCGUCUACAUGCCAAGGAAAACAAACAAAUACAAAAUCUUCUUCUCCCUAGUCGCAGGUCUAUGCUUCCCGCUGUUCUUUUGUAUGAUCACAGGUGCCGCAGCUGCUGCUGCUGCGGUGAACACUUCAGAGUGGAUGGAAUAUUUCCACAAGAAUGCAAUGGGUGGUGUCACUUAUGCUAUUCUGGUGCCAAACUCUCUCCAUGGCUUUGGAGACUUUUGCUGCGUCAUUCUGGCUCUUUCGACCGUGGCGAACAACAUCCCAAACAUGUAUAGUAUUGCAUUGUCACUACAGGCAUUGUGGGAGCCUUUUGCUAAAGUACCAAGAGUGGUCUGGACAAUGUGUGGUAACGCUGCCACUGUUGGGAUUGCAAUUCCAGCUUGUUACUACUUUGAAGGGUUUAUGGAAAACUUUAUGGACUCGAUUGGUUACUACCUUGCAAUUUAUAUCAGCAUCUCGAUGUCCGAACAUUUCAUUUACAGAAAAGGUUUUGGUGGCUAUAGGAUCGAAGAUUGGAACAGGUGGGAUAGAUUACCCAUCGGUAUUGCCGGCACGGCAGCUUUGAUUGUCGGGGCUUUUGGGGUUGCAUUAGGGAUGUGUCAAACGUAUUGGGUAGGUGAAAUUGGACGUUUGAUUGGUGAUCACGGUGGUGAUAUUGGAUUUGAGCUUGGUGCAUCAUGGGCAUUUAUUGUUUACAAUAUCUUGAGACCAUUAGAAAUCAAGUAUUUUGGUCGCUAA